CGCCGCCAGCUAGGGCCGGCAUCAGUAAGAUCAGAACACAAUUAUUUUAGAUCUGACGUUCGGCAGAUUGCCGCCUGUCCAGGAUGUUGGCAGAUUUAUUCCUGCAUUAUUGCUGUUCAUGCCUUCACUUCCGCUCCAACUACCACGACACCAAUCCAGACCUAGAUAGGUCCCAGUGCAGCUCAGAGCUAUGAACUCGGUCGCAGAAAAAGAUCUUAUCAAUCUCAACGCAUGUAGAUAUACCUACGACAUAUGUCUUACCAUGGACUCUGAGGUAGCGCGCGUAUGGUCUUGUAAGUGGUCGCUGGGGAAAGUGUUAUUUCUUAUAAAUCGGUAUAUCCCACCGUUAAUCAUUGCAAUGGAUUUUUAUUACAAUGCAAAUCGUGCAUCUAAUGAUGCUAGCACCCUGACUUAUAUCAGCUGCAAUGUUUCCUUCGUGUUUUCGAACAUUGUUAAUAUCCUUUUUGUUGCUGAUACCCAAGUGAUUCUCGGGCUUCGCACUUAUGCUUUAUACCUCAAGAGUUUCUGGCUGUACUUCCUGGGAUUCUUUAUUGUCUUUCCCACCCUCACCGCUAUCUUCUUGAUACUUUGGGUUUAUUGCAAGUACAUUAUAGUGGACUCUAAUCCGAAAUAUCCUUCACAAUGGGUCGGAUGUACGAAUCUCCAGUGCAAUUCGCCAGUAUGCAAGAGAACUUGGAUAUAUCUCUAUUGCUAUUUCAUCGGUUUUGAUACUAUUAUUUUUCUUCUUACGCUCUGGAAAUAUCGCACCGCCUACCGUGAAAAGGUUUCUACACCCGACGCCGAACUCGGUACAGUGCUCGCAGAUUACGAGUCAAAUUUUUUGAAGGCAUUGUUUCAGGAUGGCUUUUUGUUCUACGCAGCUAUGUUUGCACUUGCACUAGGCAACAUACUUGUUACGCUUCUUGGACCAGAGAGUCUCACUGCCCUUUUUGUUGGCCCUAGCCGUGCUCUUCGUUCCACACUGUGUUCUAGACUCUUCUUACAUCUGAGAGGGCAACAAAAACCCAGUCCGGUACCGUCAUUCUCAGGCUCCUCGAUGAUACGCACGAUGUCCAUGGAGCUCAUCAACUUUUCGCGUAAAACCCGUGUCCGCUUAACACGACCGAAAUAAACUGCUGAAUUCUGUGAUGUUUUGAAAUUCAAGAGUUAGCCGCUAUCAAGGGGAGCAGGCCAGUGUCCAGGAUUCACGUCGACGGGGAUGUCAGAUGCAUGUUGGCGCUGUGAACCUGCAUGCCGUCUCUCUCAAAUUCCCACAAUACGGAGCGAUCCAAACGCCGUCUCUAUGGUCGUGAGUUUUCGAAGGAUUCAA